ACAGGACUUGGAAGAAUUGAGCUGGAUCUGAACUGAAAGACUCUUUCCUGAAGUCUGGCUUUUUAUGGAAGCAGAAGGUGCUGUGCAAGCUGCCCAGUAUCCCAGCCCAUCUGAGUUCACACUGAAUCUCAAUUUUGUUCUGCAACGUAUUUGAUACUCUGCCAGCUUUGAGUCAUCUUCAGACGUGCUCAUUCUUGGAUCCAAGCGUCAUUGCCCAUUCCAGGAGGAUCCUCUGCAAACAAGGAGAUAUCAGAAGAAAGCAAGAAAUGAAGCUCUAAGACUGUGUCCAAAACAAUGUCAAUCAGGAGCUGUGAAAUCAGCUGCAACUGAAAAUGUCUGACAGCUUGGAGAAUGAAGAAAAACCCCCAGCUCCCCCACUGAGAAUGAACAGUAACAACCGUGAUUCUUCAGCACUCAACCACAGCUCCAAACCACUCCCCAUGGCUCCUGAAGAGAAGAAUAAGAAAGCCAGGCUUCGCUCUAUCUUCCCAGGAGGAGGGGAUAAAACCAAUAAGAAGAAAGAGAAAGAACGCCCAGAGAUCUCUCUUCCUUCAGACUUUGAACAUACGAUUCAUGUGGGGUUUGAUGCAGUCACCGGGGAAUUCACUGGAAUUCCCGAGCAAUGGGCACGAUUACUCCAAACCUCCAAUAUAACAAAACUAGAACAGAAGAAGAACCCACAAGCUGUUCUCGAUGUUCUCAAAUUCUAUGACUCCAAAGAAACCGUCAACAACCAGAAAUACAUGAGCUUUACAUCAGGAGAUAAAAGUGCCCAUGGAUAUAUAGCAGCACAUCAGUCGAAUACAAAAACAGCUUCUGAGCCUCCUUUGGCUCCCCCUGUAUCUGAAGAAGAAGACGAAGAAGAGGAAGAGGAAGAAGAUGACAACGAGCCCCCACCUGUCAUUGCACCAAGACCAGAGCAUACAAAAUCAAUCUACACUCGUUCUGUGGUUGAAUCUAUUGCAUCACCAGCAGCACCAAACAAAGAAGUCACUCCACCUUCUGCUGAGAAUGCCAAUUCCAGUACUUUGUACAGGAACACAGAUCGGCAAAGGAAAAAAUCCAAGAUGACAGAUGAGGAGAUCCUAGAGAAGCUAAGAAGCAUUGUGAGUGUUGGGGACCCAAAGAAAAAGUACACAAGAUUUGAAAAAAUUGGUCAAGGGGCGUCAGGUACUGUUUACACAGCACUAGACAUUGCAACAGGACAAGAGGUGGCCAUAAAGCAAAUGAACCUUCAACAACAACCCAAAAAGGAAUUAAUUAUUAAUGAAAUUCUUGUCAUGAGGGAAAAUAAGAACCCCAAUAUUGUAAACUAUUUAGAUAGCUACUUAGUGGGUGAUGAGCUGUGGGUAGUCAUGGAAUACUUGGCUGGUGGCUCUUUGACUGAUGUGGUCACAGAGACCUGUAUGGAUGAAGGACAGAUAGCAGCUGUCUGUAGAGAGUGCCUCCAAGCUUUGGAUUUCUUGCACUCAAACCAAGUGAUCCAUAGAGACAUAAAGAGUGACAAUAUUCUCCUCGGGAUGGAUGGUUCUGUUAAAUUGACUGAUUUUGGGUUCUGUGCUCAAAUCACUCCUGAGCAAAGUAAACGAAGCACUAUGGUGGGAACUCCCUAUUGGAUGGCACCUGAGGUGGUAACUCGAAAAGCUUAUGGUCCAAAAGUUGAUAUCUGGUCUCUGGGAAUCAUGGCCAUUGAAAUGGUGGAAGGUGAACCCCCGUACCUUAAUGAAAAUCCACUCAGGGCCUUAUAUCUGAUAGCCACUAAUGGAACACCAGAACUCCAGAAUCCCGAGAGACUGUCAGCUGUAUUCCGUGACUUCUUAAAUCGCUGUCUUGAGAUGGAUGUGGAUAGACGAGGAUCUGCCAAGGAGCUUCUGCAGCAUCCAUUUUUAAAAUUAGCCAAGCCUCUCUCCAGCCUCACUCCUCUGAUUAUCGCUGCAAAAGAAGCAAUUAAGAACAGUAGCCGUUAGAACUGCGAGCCUUACCCCUCACCGUAUCCCUGAUGAGUAAGACUGAAAUAAAACUCUGCUUCAGGAAACAUGGAAGAAAAGACAGUCAAAUGGGGUGGGGGUUCUUUACCUUUAAAGUGAAUAGAAACUUCUUAUAAGCCUUUUUUCCUACUCCCUCAGACUAUGUAAUUUAUUUGUAAGCCUGAACCGCAGCCCACCCAGGGCAGCAAUGUUGAAGUGGCCGUAAAGUGGUCACUUCCACCGUGAAGCGAAAGAGCCAGUAGUGAAUCCCCUCAUUUUGUGCAUUUACUUUGAAGAAAAAGAUUUCUCAAAGAUGCACACUCCCUCUUCAUAGUGUUGUGUUUGUUUUUAAGUUAGAAAGUAGUCCCUCUUGCAUUCGAACCUCUUUCAAAACUCCUUACCCAAUGUGAUGUUUUUUCACUUGCAUUGUCAUUAGAUGUCCAGAAAAAAAUAAAAGAUGUCAAAAUGGUUUUUUAAAAAGAAAGAAAAAAAGCAAAGAAAAAAAACAAAACAAAAACAAACAAAAAUGAAAAAAAAAUAGAACAAGUGCUGUGUGAAGCUGUGGACGUCCAUGCCCUAAUAGAGUCGCAAUUUUUUAUUCUUCUGUAGUGGUGGCUUGGUUUGUGUACCUAUUUUUCUGCAUUUGUAUUGGAAAGGUUUCCUUUAAGACAUUUUCCAAAAGCAGAGAGGAAUAUGAGUGUUCAGGAUGGGCUUUUCAAAGUUGUCUAAACAGAGCUCUAAUUGUGAGACCCUGUCACAUUUCAUGAGAGUGCUUAUGUAGUAGCUGAAUUGUCAUGCAAAGCAGCUUGUUGGCCUCUGUGUUAACAGAAAAAGGACACACACUGAAAUUGUGGCAGCACUUCUGGGUGAGUCCAGGCCCUAAAACCAGGAUAUCCUGAUAGGAGAAACCUUACUUACACAAAGAUGGGACUUUCUCUGAGAGCCAAAAGGAAAAUGCAGGACUCCUUGUUGGACAAUAAAUAAGCAAAGAUAUUAGUGAAUUUAAUCCUCUCUUGUGUUCCUGUAACAUAAGCAUUGUACAAUAGGCACAUUAUGAGGAAAUAGAUCCAUUAGCUGACAUUCUUCAUGAUAAAAAUUAUUCAUUUUGACAAUUUGUAACACUUAGGAAUGUUUUAAAGAUGAAGAGAUGAGAGAUGUAGUGAAGUAUUGGACUCUGUAAGAUACGGGAAGUCAGUGAAAGCAGCAUCCCAGUCAACAUGGCUCUAAAUACUUGAUAUGUAUUCCCUGCAUAUCUCCAAUCUCUUUUUCAGGAUAUGGUGUGUUCUUAUUUAGUUACUUGGGCUUUUGUCCUUUUAAAGCUUGUUCAUAAAGAUGUUGAAAGCUAACUGAGAAAAUAAUUUUAAUCUGUAUUCAUAUAUCCCAAGAACUAUCAGUCCAAUGGAAUUCCUUUUGUGGCUCAAGGAAAAUUCCAAAAUUCUACUAUUGUUUAAUUAUAUAUAUAUAUAUUUAUUAAAAUUCAUUAGUUGAUAUUAUUUAAUCUUCUGAGUGUA